ACCAAACCAGGUCGCCUUGAGGCCAUGUUAAUGCGGGGCAGUCCCAUCUCUCUGAGAGGCGCAACAGCGAGGUGCUGGAAAAGAGGAACGGACAAAAGAAAAGGUGAGAGGAACCGUCCACCACAAGAGGCGCUGAGGGACUCGGGAUAACGGGAUGAAGCCGUCAGUGCCCCCGGAAACGAAGCAGUCCCAGACGAAUUCCUGAGUCACCGUGGAGAAAAAGCGGACCGAACCGCCAUUUUGAAGCUGGGCAAACCGAAGCCAGAAUUCUGCCGUAUUGGAUCUUUGCCAGCCUUGGUGCUGAAGGAGGGAAGGUUGGAGGGAGGGAGAGCCCAUGUACAUUUUGGGCAGAUGAAGCCAGGCUGGCUGCCAUGUCGUUAACGGGAACAGAUUUCCUCCAGUUCUGCAGAAGAAGUUGAUUGUGAGUGAGGGACGUCAGGUCGCUCGCCCUAAGUUUAUUAUGGGCAUGAGCGAGCACGUGCGGACGGCCAUAUUUCUUGGGGGCAUAUCGAAAUGGUCUGGGCUUGUUUCUGCGCAAGCUGAAGCCUUUCUUUCACGAUUUCUCUUAUGGGCACCGUGUUGUCGCCGUUGCCCACUGGUUCGGAUGAAGCCCCUGUGGCCGCCAUUUUGACUUCGGGCGGCUCGGAUAAGGGAGGCGGAGUGUGCAGAGUGGAGGAGGAGGGGGACUACGCGGACGUGACGCACGGCGCCGCCAUGUCUUUUGAGGGCGGCGACGGCGCCUGGCCGGCCAUGCUGGCUACGGGCACAGAAGUGGGUCUUGCCUGGACCCCCGGGCGAGGUGGGGAGGUCUCCGAACGGCAGAGCAAGGCCCCAGACAUUCACCCCACCCUUGGCUACGGUGUGCAUGAUCGGGUUCCUCACGUCUUCGGGGCGCGGAUGGCGUCGGGGCGCCCCGAGGAGCUGUGGGAGGCCGUGGUGGGGGCCGCCGAGCGCUUCCGGGCCCGGACCGGCACGGAGCUGGUGCUGCUGACCGCCGCGCCGCCGCCCCGCCCGGGCCCCUGCGCCUAUGCGGCCCACGGCCGGGGCGCCCUGGCGGAGGCCGCCCGCCGCUGCCUCCACGACAUCGCCCUGGCCCACAGGGCCGCCGCCGCCGCCCGGCCCCCUGCGCCCCCGCCAGCACCACAGCCGCCCAGCCCUGCGCCCAGCCCGCCCCGGCCUGCCCUGGCCCGGGAGGACGACGAGGAGGACGAGGACGAGCAAACAGAGACCGAGACCUCCGGCGAGCGGCUGGGCGUCAGCGACAACGGAGGGCUCUUUGUGAUGGACGAGGAUGCCACCCUCCAAGACCUGCCACCCUUCUGUGAGUCGGACCCUGAAAGCACAGAUGACGGCAGCCUGAGCGAGGAGACCCCCGCUGGCCCCCCAAGCUACUCGGUGCCCCCGGCCUCAGCCCUGCCCACGCAGCAGUACGCCAAGUCCCUGCCCGUGUCUGUGCCCGUCUGGGCCUUCAAGGAGAAGAGGACAGAGGCGCGCUCAUCAGAUGAGGAGAACGGGCAGCCUUCCUCGCCCGACCUGGACCGCAUCGCGGCCAGCAUGCGCGCGCUGGUGCUGCGGGAGGCCGAGGACACCCAGGUCUUCGGUGACCUGCCUCGGCCACGACUCAACACUAGCGACUUCCAGAAGCUGAAGCGGAAAUACUGAGGCCUGAGGCCGGGCAGGGAGCGUCCCGGCCCUGCGUCCGCCCCGCCCCACACUACACCCCCGCCCCGCCUCCGGGGCCAGCCAAUCCGGUUCAGAUCCGGGCCAGCCUCCCCACGUCUCCCUGGCCCUGGGAUUGACCAGUCCCCGCCGCCCUUCGGGCCACGACCUCCGGCGCCGAGGAGCGGGAACUGCCCAGUCUCCCAAUUGGGUCUGUUGCCCUUUUCUCUGCCCAGCGACAGAUUCUAUUGAGAGAUUGGCUCGCUUCCCGCAUCGGGGCAGUCUAAGCCUAAAUGGGUAAAAUCCGUUGUUUUCUGCCUAGCAACAAGGGCUUUGCUCGCAUGGCAUUGGCUCCAUCCCUGAUAGAGCACAGCCAAGGCCCAGGAUUGGGUAGUGGCGCUCCACGCCACCUAGUGACUGGGCAGCUCCUUAAUUUGAUUGGCUCGAAUCCUGUAAAGGGCUUGACCAAUUUCCCUAGUGUCACCGUCCGCCCUUCCCGAGUUCUCCCACCUGAUUGGCUCCAGCCUCCUGGGGGCGUGGCCAAGCCCUCCUCUACCCAGAAUUGGCCUGCGGCCUUCAAUUUAGGUUCUUUACACUACUAGGGCUGGGGUCGUUUUUUGCCCAAGUCCUGACAACUUGUAUCCUUGGCCUCCUUAGGGAUGGCCCAAUCCUGUCCCUGCGUCUGACACCUCCUGUCAUUGGUUCCAUCCCCCCGACAGCCUGCCAAUUGAAGCCCGUCCCUGCAUCCAGGACGGUACCAGCUCCCGCCCCUUUUCCCCCAACCCCACAGGUGCCUUAAAGGGCCCUCGUCCACCCGAGGUGGGGGGCUGGGGGCCUCACUCUCCGGCCCUGGUGUGGGGGAGAGAGUGGGGGAUGGGGGAUCAGAAGUUGGGAGGGACGCUCUGAAAUUAAAGAGUUUUACCUCUGA